AUGCAAUAUCACACAGAGUGCCAGCAGAAGGAGGGCUCCGAGUCUCCCUGCAUCUCCAUCCUACCCACACAUUAUUGGAAAGCAUUCCUAUCACUGACAGCGGGAGCUGCAUCGCAGCUUGUGGACUCUGAGGAUCAGCUGACAGAUAGCUUUGACGUAGGGGGCUGCUUUACCCUCAGAAUAAAAGCUUAGAAUAAAAAGCAGAGCUGGACUCACAAUCCUUCCUUCUCACAGACUCCAAGUGACCUGAGCUGGACAUGAACUCUGAUCAGGAUCCAGGGAUCACAGUCUGGUGGGAGAAGCACUUCACUGCAACUUCUCCUGGGGUCCAAACAUUUCUUUUAAUUUAUACUCUACUUAACAUAGGUCCAUGUGACUCCAUCCACUUGGCAGUGAGCCUGGAGUGCUAAGGAUAUUUAUCACCAAUGCAUUGAUGAGUUGAUGAGAUGGGAGGGUAGAAUCAGGUCUCUCCGAUUGUUCUUUCGUUUCUCAUUGAUUACAAGUAGUCUGGGAAGCUCAGAUCAUGUCUCUGCUGGGAAAAGACAUUGCUUUUGUUCAAGGACUUCCAAGUUUCUCUCUCAUUGUGGACCAUGGGAGAGCCAGAGUGGUUUAUUGGUAGUAGCUGGUGUGCCAGCCUGGAGUCCUGGUAACCUGGAGCUCUACAGGGCUCCUUAUGGGAUCUAACUCAGGAGGCUUCCACUGCCACCCUAUCCAUUGUCUACUUGGGGUGACUUUCCCAGGUUCCAGCAUAAACUAGGAUGGAAUGGAACAUCACAGUAACUGCAAAUGUCAGCUCAGGGGAAGAUAAUUUGGGCAAACACAGAUUCUCGGUCUUCAGUGUCCUCAUAUUAACUCUGCUGGCCAUGCUAGUGAUUGCCACUUUCAUGUGGAAUGUCCUAGUCUUAGUGACCAUCCUGAGGGUGAGAACUUUCCAUCGAGUCCCCCACAAUCUGGUGGCUUCCAUGGCCAUUUCUGAUGUGAUGGUGGCUGCCUUAGUGAUGCCCCUGAGUUUGGUCCAUGAGCUCAAUGGCAGGCGUUGGAGGCUGGGCAGGGUACUCUGCCAUAUCUGGAUCUCCUUCGAUGUCCUCUGCUGUACAGCCAGCAUCUGGAAUGUCACUGCCAUCGCCUUGGACAGAUACUGGUCCAUCACCAGACACCUUGAAUAUACACUGAAGACCAGAAAGAGGAUCUCUAACAUUAUGAUACUACUAACCUGGCUGCUGUCUGCAGUCAUCUCUCUCUCCCCUCUUUUUGGAUGGGGGGAGACCUACUCAGAGGUGGAUGAGGAGUGCAAAGUUAGUCAGGAACCAUCCUACACAAUCUUCUCUACCUUUGGAGCUUUUUACCUCCCACUCUGCGUGGUCCUUUUUGUGUACUGGAAAAUCUACAAGGCAGCAAAAUUUCGGAUUGGGUCUAAAAAGACUAACACCAUCACACCCAUGCCAGAGGUGAUACAGGUUGGUUUACUUUGGGUUGCGUUGGGUUCUGAGAGUAACCCUUUCAGUGGGAGAUAAUUUCAUUGCUUUGAUUGGGUUUUGUUCUCUGGGUGUUCAGAUAGCGUACAGGAAAAAUUCGAUCAGGACAGACACAAUGUGAGAUAGCUUGAUGGGCUAGAGGAUAAAGCACGAGUCGACCAUGUAAUAUGGUUAAAUCACGUUUCCAUUAUCUGAGCUAGGUUUCAUGAAAUGACCCAUGGCUGGUUAUAUACGAAUGUGUUCAUUUCCCCUUGGGGAAUGUGUAACAUUGUAUCACUGGGACGGAACCCCCAUUAACACAGGUUAGAGAGAGACAGACACAUGCAUUUAUAGAGUGCAUGCUAUUAUAUUUAACCCUGUCGACAGAUGUCUUGAUAGGAAUAUUAUGAUAUAAUUACAUUUAACUAGCUCAUUGUCUUAUGUGUGUGUAUAUACAUUAAUUGUAAGAAAAAACACCCACGAAUAUUCUACAUUAAUUUAGAUCUCUAUCUAUCUGUUUAUCUAUCAUUCUAUCUAUCUAUCUAUCUAUCUAUCUAUCUAUCUAUCUAUCUAUCUCUCAUAUAUAUAUAUAUGUGCGUAGAAAGAUAGACAGAAAGAGAGAGUGAGAUAUAGAUAGAUAGAGAUAGAUAGACAGAUAGAGAUAGAUAGAUAGAUAGAGAUAGAGAGAUAGAUAGAGAUAGAUAUCUAUAUAUCUCUAUCUGUAUAUCUAUCUAUCUAUCUAUCUAUCUAUUUAUCUAUCUAUCUAUCUAUCUAUCUAUCUAUCUAUCUCUAUCUGUCUAUCUAUCUCUAUCUCUAUCUGUUUAUCUAUCAUUCUAUCUAUCUAUCUAUCUAUCUAUCUAUCUAUCUAUCUAUCUCUCUCUCCUAUAUAUAUAUAUAUAUAUAUAUAUAUAUAUAUAUAUGUGCGUAGAAAGAUAGACAGAAAGAGAGAGUGAGAUAUAGAUAGAUAGAUAGAUAGAUAGAGAUAGAUAGACAGAUAGAGAUAGAGAUAGAUAGACAGAUAUAGAUAGAUAGAUAGAUAGAUAGAUAUAGAUGGACAGAUAGAGAUAGAUAGAUAGAUAGAGAGAGAGAGAUAGACAGAUAGAGAUAUAGAUAGAUAGAUAGAUAGAUAGAUAGAUAGACAGAUAGAGAUAGAGAGAGAUAGAGAUAGAUAGAUAGAUAGAUAGAUAGAUAAUAGACAGACAGACAGACAGAUUUACACAUACAUACAUUUGCACAAUACAAACACCAAAAUGCACAUUUCUGUCGCCCACAUACCCGUCCACACAUUACUGGGUGGGUGUAUAUGCAGUGUUUCUCUGUAUGUGUGACUUGACCCUUUCAUUGCUGCGUGUUGUCUUAGAUCAGCAGUUAUUCCAUUUUUAUAUUACAGUAUUUUAUGCUUGUUUUUUAAAAUUAUUUAAAAAAUGACUUCUGCAGUUCCUUCAUUAAAAUGAUCAUAGUCUGUGUUACCUAAAAUGAGUGGGACACCUUAUACCUGAGAAUGUUCAGACAGACAACAUUGUAUGUCCAAAUGGGUCAUAUCCUUCCCUUUGCAUGCUUGAUAUAUAUUUUUUGCGUGUGUGUGUGUGUAACCGGUGCAUGUUCCUACCUUUAUAUCUAAAACUGAGCCAUAUCAUAGAUACUGUGUCUUGCAGGUAAAAGAGGCAUCUCACCAGCCCCAGAUGGUAUUUACUGUCAGACAUGCAACCGUCACCUUCCAGACUGAUGGGGACACCUGGAGGGAACAGAAAGAGAAGAAAGCUGCUCUCAUGGUGGGAAUCCUUAUUGGAGUUUUUGUUCUCUGUUGGAUUCCCUUCUUUAUCACAGAACUAAUUAACCCUUUGUGCUCAUGUGACAUACCACCAAUCUGGAAAAGUAUAUUCUUAUGGCUGGGUUACUCAAAUUCAUUCUUCAAUCCUCUGAUCUACACUGCCUUUAACAAAAAUUACAACAAUGCGUUUCGAAACUUAUUCUCCAGGCAACGAUGACCAAUUACUACGGUUUGCCUGAGAAGUCUUCUUAUCAAAAGAUUCUAAUAAUUGAAUGAAUGUUAUAACUCCAUCCAAGUUCUACAAACACUGUGUGAUAUUGAGGACAUAAGUGAACUGUGAUAAAAUAUGCAAUCAGGGAUAUGACUACCAUGUCUUUGGUAGAAGAUACAUGCCCAUAUUUCCAAGAAAAAUAAAAUGGCCCCUUACGGGUGGAUUACGUGGUGUGGUGGGUAACUACGACUCAACUACAAGACCAACAGCCAUUCAUUGUGUCUGGUGUUGGCUUUAAAAUCUUCUGAUAGUGUCAUACUGUCAUGCUUAUGACAGCUGUUUGCGUUCCAAUCAUCUACAGAACCACUUGGCAAGCAGAAGUGUCAAUCAUUUAUUUUUGUCCCCCACUGAAGGAAAAUUUGCUUCCUAAGAUGAUUUCCUGACAUAUGUGACAAAUAAAAGGAUCGUUCUUAUUGGGAAAUCAUACAAAUUCAAGAACAGAGGAUUUCAAACAAGCUAAAAAUAGUCCUCAAAAAAUUAGACAUAAUUAAGUAAACACAUAACAUGUCCUAUAUGGCUAAUUAAGAUGUUUAAGUUUAUUUCAUUGGCGGGUUGCCCAAUGAUCUGAUAUUUGUAAUUUCUUACUGAGUACAAAAACAUUGAGUUAUGCACAUUGAAACGUUUAAUAAAGUCUGGUAUCUAGACAUAAUUGUGGGUUGUGUUAAGCAAUUUGUUUGCAGAGUCAUCCAGGACAUGAUGUGCUAUAUGUGCCUAAUAUGUUGUAUUUUUCAUACAUGCAUCAAACAUGUAGCAAAAUAGAACCUGCAACACAAACCAUUUUAACAGGCUCCAGGUUCAGUCCAAGAGAUAUGUAAAUGCUGGAGGUGUUUUCUUAUGCACUUUGAUACAGAUGUGGAUUUCCCUGUUGGGAGUGGAUAAGAGAGGAUUAAUAGAGACAAGAGAGUAAAAGUACAGAAAGUAGAAUAUAACGUGUAAAAUGAGCAGUGAAAGGUAAAUAAAGAACUGGGAAUGGAAUAAUGAUAAAACUGGAAUAAUGGUAAAAGAAAAUUUCAUGAGCUAAAGAAAAAGAUGACGAUUAGGAAGCAGGUGAGUUUGAAAAUGCAGUAGAGAGAGGUAACUAAGACUUUCAGAGAAAAUGUGGAUUGAGUGAGAAAAAAAGACUGGAGAAAUGGUCUGCUAUAGGAGAAACAGAGGACGAUAGAAUGGGAAAUGAUUGCUGGGUAAAACCAGAAAAUAAGAAGUGAGGAAUCAGAUAAGAAUAUUCCGACUUGUAAAGGAGGACUAGAAAGCGUGAUGUAUCCACAAGAGUAUGUAAAUGGAAGGUUGAAAGGUACAAGGGGGCAUUUCAGAAAAUGGAGGAGAAACACUUAUAUAAUUGAUAACGAAAGGUAGAAGUAAAGGAGAAGGGCAAAUUAUG